CUCGAUUUUUUUAUUUAUUUGUUGGAUUAUUUAAUGGGUUGCUGUUGUUGCUGUUGCUAUUUGUUGCUUGGGUGAUGAUGAUUGAUCAUCUGCUUGACGCUUUCUCUGACUGUCCCUUUUCCUAUGACCUUGCUCAUUACGGGAUGGAAAAGAAAGAAAAGAGAGGAGAAAAAGAAAAGAGAAAUCACUUAUCCUAUACGCGACUCCGAUACCACUACUACCUACCUACUUACUACUUACUACUUACUACUUUCCUACUUACAUAUAUAUUACUUUUACGAUCUUCGACAUAUCCCUCUUGUUCUACUUAUUUAUCUAUAUAUCGAGCUAUUUAUAUAUCACUACUACUACUACUACUACUACUACUACUACUACUACUAUCUUAUCGCAUUUGACUCGAUCACUUCUUCGCCGAGGGUUUUUGACUUCCAAUUUUUGUAUGUUGGUUGAACUUGGGUCGCAUUUGCAACUGCUUCAAAACGUUCAGACUUAAUUAUCCAUGCAUACAUGAUAGCUACAUUGAUUUCUUAUUAUGUAGCUUUCGCUUGAUUUCUUAAUUUACUUAGUGUUUCUUAUGCAAUGCU